AUGAGUGCCUGCAAUUACUACAUCUCCAUUCUAACUUUUCUACUGGCGUUGUUGUUUGGAAUUAACAAUGUAUUGUCGAAACCUGAAGAAUACAAGACAUACAUUGUCUAUUUGGACCAUUCACAAAAACCUUCAUCUUUCUUGACCCAUGAAACUUGGCACCAAACCAUCUUGAAAUCGUUGUCAAAACCGGUUCAUGGCAAAGAGAUGUUGCUUUACUCUUAUAACCAUGCCAUGAAUGGGUUCAGUGCUAGGCUGACACCAGCUCAAGUGUCAAAACUCAAGAAAUCACCAGCUCAUAUUGCCAUACACGAGGAGAAAAUUGGCAAAUUGUUCACCACGCACUCCCCUCAAUUCAUGGGAUUAAGGCAUUCUUCUGGACUGUGGAAUGCGUCAUCGUAUGGUGAAGGUGUAAUCAUAGGAAUGAUUGAUUCAGGAGUUUGGCCUGAGACUGAAAGCUUCAAUGAAAAAGGAAUGCCACCAAUUCCUACAAGGUGGAAGGGAAAGUGCCAGAAUAGCACAACUAAUCCUUUUCCGUGCAAUAGGAAACUCAUUGGUGCGCAAGUAUUUAUUAAAGGGAUUCAAGCUGCUGAUGAAUCAGACUCCCCAGACGAUUCACCAAGAGACUUCUUAGGACAUGGAACACAUACAUCAUCAACCGCUGCAGGUAACCAUGUACCAGGUGCAAGUCAAUUCGGAUAUGCAAAUGGCGUAGCUCGAGGCAUUGCACCAGGUGCACAUGUUGCUAUGUACAAAGUGUCUUCCGGAGGAUUUAUUGCAGAAAGUGAUGUUCUUGCUGCUAUGGAUCAAGCAAUUGCAGAUGGUGUUGACAUUAUGUCAUUGUCUCUAGGUUUUGAUCAUGUACCUUAUUUCCAAGAUGUCAUAGCCACCGCUUCUCUUUCAGCAAUAGAGAAGGGGAUUUUUGUUGUUUGCUCUGCUGGGAAUGAUGGCGCCCCUAAUACUACAUUCAAUUCUGCGCCAUGGAUUACAACAGUUGGCGCGGGGACACUUGAUCGGAGUUUCAUUGCAACGGUGACUUUAGGGAAUGAUCUAACACUCGAAGGACAAUCAAAGUUCCCAGAUCGGGUUUUAGUUGUAGAUACACUUUUAUACUAUGGCAAAGGUGAUUUUGAAAAAUCAUGUAGCGAUGGGGCAUUGAAUGUCAGUGAAGUCUUUGGAAAAGUGGUCAUGUGUGAUAACAAUGGCAGUAGUACCAUUUUUGAGCAAGUGAGAGAGCUUGCAAGAGUUGAAGCACUUGCAGGAAUACUUAUUGCAGACGAGACCCUUUAUAAUAUAGAUGAACUCGAAAUCCCCAGCCUGAUUUUACCAUCUUCUUCAGGUGCUUUGAUCAGAAAGUAUGCCAUAGAGGCAGCUGAUGACGCAAGUGUAAAAAUUAUGAGAUUCGUGCUCACAAGUUUUGGCACAAAGCCAGCACCACAAGUGGCUUUUUUCUCUUCUAGAGGACCAGACCCUGUCAAUCCAAAUAUUCUAAAGCCUGAUAUUAUUGCUCCAGGGGUCGAAGUGUUGGCUGCAAUCCCACCAAUAGUUUCAGUUGAACAAUUUGGCAACUAUGAUUUAGGUUCAGAUUAUGCAUUUUUAUCUGGCACAUCAAUGUCAGCACCUCAUGUUGCAGGAGUGGCAGCUUUGCUUAAAGCUGUUCAUCCUGAAUGGAGCCCAGCAGCUAUCCGUUCAGCCUUGAUGACCACAGCAUAUACCGUUGACAAUAAUGGAACUACUUUAACAAACCAAUUUACUAGCUUAUCUGGAACUCCUCUAGAUUAUGGGGCAGGUCAUAUCAAUCCAAACAAAGCCAUGGAUCCUGGACUCAUUUAUGACAUAGAUUGGCAAGGUUAUGUUGAUUUCUUAUGUGGCUUAGGCUAUAAUGACACGGAGAUGAAAGCUAUUCUUAGACAAAGCAAAUGGAGUUGCAGCCAAGAGGGAACCGACAUAAACUACCCAUCUUUUGUUGCCAUGUUUAGUGCAGACUCUCCAAACGUAAAGAACUUUACCAGGGUCCUAACCAACGUAGGAGAUGACCAAUCAGUUUACCAACUGAUUACAGAAACAAGCCAGGGAAUGACAAUCAAAGUAGAGCCUACCACUCUAACCUUCACAAGCAAAUAUCAGAAGCAAAAGUUUGCUGCGAGUGUGCAGAUGAAUGGAAAAGCUCCUCCGGUGGCCUAUGGUUAUGUGAAGUGGAUUGAUCAAAAUAACCACAUUGUUGCAAGCCCCGUGGUGGUCCUGAAUUCUUAA